UGUCCGCCGCUGUCCACUCCAUGUUACCUCGGCGCCAGAGGCCGGCGGAAAGCUGGCGCCAAUGAGCCGGCCCGCCCGCGGCUCGCACGCUAGCUCCCGGGGUGCUGCGGUCUCAGGCUCGGAGCCCAGCGCCCGCCCAGUUUUCAGUGCCGCGAGCCCCGCCCCUCACCGCCAUGUACGAUCGUGCUCCGCGCUGGCUCGGGUUGGCCCAGGGUGGCAGCACCCAGGAGCACGUGGGUCCUGGGUCCUACCAGGUGCCUUUCCCUAAGCAGGGGGCCACAGAUGGCUAUGCACCAUUUCUUUCUUUGAGUUCCAGAGAAAGUGCUUAUGCUGUUUCCUCUGACACUGGAAAAGCUGCUCCAGGUCCAGCACACUACAAUGUAUCACAAGCACAGUAUAAGAUAAAAGGAGGCCGUAGUCUGCAAAACCGAGAAAAGCGGUUUAAGAAGUGUAUUUCGGAAGGUCCGGGACCGGCCAACUAUAAUCAACCUCAUCCUGGGACAUUGUGCACCACAAGCAAGCAGAAAAUUUCUAGAACACCUGCAGUUUCCAGAAGCCUUGAUGUUCCAUCAAUUCCCUCUUCUGGAAAGUCGCACGGCUAUCAUCUCAAUGACGAUGACAGUAUUGAAAGACGGAUGCCUCCUGCUAGUGAUAACACAAUAGGUCCAGCGUACUACAAGCCUCAGUUUGAUUAUCCUAAAUCUGCUUUGAAAUACAGAGGUACAAGUUUUGGCAAUGCUACAGGAAGACAAGAAUUGCUCAAAUAUUCAGGUCCUGGUCCUGGACAAUAUGACAUCAUUGAGAAAAGGACAUUACCUUGUGAAAAUGUUAACAUCAAGAAAGAUCAACAGCAAAAUUAUUGUACAUUUGUCCCACGGCUUUAUGAAGAAAUAGUAUUGCAGGAGGAAAAAAAGGGAGUACCAGGACCUGGAAAAUAUGAAAUUAAAAGUCAAUUUGAUAAGACAGAAAGUAUGACAGCAAAUAUAAAUGAUGCAUCUUCCGUUUUUCUUUCUGAAUCAGAGAGAUUUGCAGCCAUCAAAUCAAGUGCCCCAGCUCCUGGCACAUAUAAUGAAACACGAACUGCUUUGAAGUACUCAAAGAAAAGAUCAGGGGAGAAUUGUCCAUUUGGGCAAAGUGCUGCCCGAUUCAUCCAUGACUCCAGGGCAGAGGAAAUGCCAGGUCCUGGUUUUUAUGAUAUUUCAAGCAAUACUAAAAUUGCCCAGGUUCGAAACAACCGCUUGAAGAAACCAAAGAAAACUGGAUUUGUUUAUUCUGCCCCUCAACCUUUGAGCAUAGCUGAGAAAGAGGUUUCCAGUGGUCCAGGCCCUUGUGAUUAUCAGGUUGGUAGACUUCUUGAUGAAUUACCUAACUUGACUAAUCGAAACGCCGCUUUCUUGUCAAGAACAGAAAGAGCUCCAGUAGUACCAGAUACGAUGAGUCCACCUCCAGGCAGCUAUGAUGUUCAGAAAUCAUAUGAUAUGUCCCAAAUUAAACACAACUACAUGCCACCUCGUAGUUUAGUGGCUAAAAUGAAGCAUUCCUCCUUCUUGAGUGGAACUCCUCGGUGCCUAGGGAAAAUCGAAGAUGGGCCAGGACCUGCAACAUACAAUCCUAUUAAAAUGAAAUCUUCUGUCAUAAUCUCAUUUGUUAAAGGAACAAAGCGUUUUGAACAUUUUCCCAAAGAGUUCUCUCCUGGCCCAACGACAUACGAGCUCAGUCCAUUUUUAAGACAUACUGUUCUGAAGAGAACAUACAAUGUCACUCUGCCAUGUUCAUCUUCUAAGAGUGGAAAUGCCUGUUGUCCAGAACAAAAAGCCAGACCAAAAUAUCGAAGAGAUAAAUUGCAGCAUUCCAACUGAUGCAUCCCAAAGGUAACGUCUUUUAACAGAAAGGUAAACUGGCAGUCUUCUCACAGAGCCAUACUUCUGGUGUGAUGAUGUCAUCCAUCAGCUGCUUAAAGAACAGUUUCCUGUCUAACUUCUAGAGACAGAGAUGCUUGUUGCUGUAACACAUUUAAUUCUUUUUCUCCAUGGCAUUCUUUCUAAAUACAUACUGUUGAUGCAGCCAUAGGAAAUACAGUGCUAAAUAAAGACAGCCAGUGAGAGCUUUUCUUUUAA